CACAAUUUGAUUGAAUAAUAGAAAAUUUUCCACACGAACAUCGUGAUGUCUUUGCCGCAGUAAAAAUAAAAAAUUAACCUUUUAAACCUUUUCUUAAUUUUUUUAAAUUGUUCAAUUAGUUUUUGGUGGAGUCAAUGGCCAUUGCGAUUCGGCACACAUUGAAGACACUUCGUACGAUUCGAUAUCAAAGUGUUUUCCAAAGAAAUAUCAGCAUGUCAGCCAAAUUACGUGCAGAGGAAGCAAUUGAAGAGUUGAAAACGAAAAACCCAUACUUUGAAAAGUAUGCGGGUAAAAUUGCAGCACUUCAACAAACCUCGCCCGAUGAGUUUUUAAAUCGUUUGGAAAGUGUUGAGAAACAAAAGAAACCACAAAAGAAAACGGAAAAAGAGCGUAAUUACUCGGAAUUGUUGCGGCCCAAGCCGUCAAUCGGUGGAGUUGCGACUGGUGAAGUUCCUUUCAAGAAGUUGGACGAUAUCAUGAAAAUGGACUUACUUCAGGAUAAAACAGCCGACGAAAUCAAAGACAUUUGGUUGGAAUAUCACAAGCAAAAAGAUGUUCUUGUAGCCACAAUCCCGAUCGAUACUUUCAAUUUGUUGAGCAAACGCUCUAAGGAACAUGCAAUUUUCAUAGUUCCAUUGCCAAGAAGUCAAGGUUUUGAAUUCUUUUUACUUCAGUUUGCAGGAAAUACUGUUCAUUUCACUCCACUUCUAUGCUACCAGGUUCACAAGGAAAAUGCACCGGAGUGCUUGAAUAUUGUUCAUUACACCGAGUUUUCGGAAAAAUUGGGAAUCGUUUUAAUGCGCGGAGAAUAUGAUAAAAACGUUAUAAGUGCACAAGAGGCACUAUGUUUGGUGAAUCAAUUGCAGUUGUACUAUUCGCAGAAUAAUCAAUCAAAAUUGGAUUUGUUGAAGAAAUUCACACACGAACCGGAUAGCUUCAAGCACAUGGAUGUUAUUAAAGAAUUAGAAAAUUUAACAAUUAAAUAAAGAUUGAAAGCAAAGCAUCAAGCAUA